AUGAAAAUGAACCUUGAAAGUCUCUAUUAGUUAAUUACUAGUUAUUUAAAAAUAAUUUACGAUCUUACUCGAUUUACCAAAGUUACAAAGAUUAUAAUUAUUAUGAGGGGAAAUUAGAAGAAUUUUAAAUAUUUUUUUGGCUUUAAUGUUCUAUUUUUACGUUAUUAUUUCUUUAUAGUUAAUUAUUGCAAAGAGUUUCUAUACUUAUCUAAUGGUCAUCAUUUUUUCCUUUGUUUAAGUUCAUUGUUUCAGAUUUGUUGCCAUUAGCAAUUUAACCAUUUUCAUCGUAAUCUACUUCAAUGCUUAUUUCUUCUGAUUCUUCUCCUUCUUCGCGCUUUGUAGCAUUCAAUUAUUAGUUUCUUUCUAUUCUUUAAUUAUGGCAAUUAGUUUAUGAACUUGUCGAUAUUGAUAAUUUUUUAUAUUAUUCAUAAGAAGCCUGAUCAUUCUCUUAAGACUAAUUUUUCAAUAUCUACUUUGAGGGAUCAUAAAUGCGCUGUUCUCCGUUAUGAAAGAUAUGAGUUGUGGUGCCAUUUGAAAUGGAAGAAUCAGCCAAUGGAACAUAGAAUCCUUUAAAAGGAGUUAGCUAAGAAUUAUAGAUUGCGAAAUUUUAAUAUUGAUUUGAUUUAAGAUGAUUUUUUUAUUUAUUAACAAACUUUUGAUUAUUCAUCUUAGAUAUCUUCUUAUUAAUACUAAUGGCUAAAUCUUCUGACUAGCUACUGGUUUCACCUUAAGAAUCAAUGUUUUUAUGAAGAUUUUAGUUUAAUUUAGCAUACUAUAUCAAAUUUUUCUUCUUUUGAUUCAUUUUUUUCUAUGCAUUUGCUCCAGUUUUUAUAAAUUUACUUAAAUUUUAAUUAGGCUGACAAUGCAAUUAAUCGCCAAAAGUAUCAAAAAAAUAUUAAGAAGGAUCAAAAAAAUUUAAAAGACGGUACUCGCAUCUAUUAGAAUUUUUUUCAUCAGCAACCUAGUUCAUUUGUUGAGACUCCAAAGGAGAGUCUGAAAUACGUGAAACUAUGUCCAAGUUGUAAAUGCGAUACAUUGUACUUCCGCUCUUUAAAGCAAUUGUUUAGUAUUAUUCAGUGA